AUGCAAUGGAAGUUCCUUGGUGAGCCCGUGUGUCUCCGCGCUUAUCAAGCAUUGCACUCGCUGGGUUGCAGCAGGUUUGCGAGGCUGAGCAAAGCUGCACGUGCAGGGAAGACUGGCCCUCCAGCUGACAUACGCUACCUCCAGCGACCCUCACAGGUCACAUCUCGGAACGUUCGUGGGGAAAUCCUGUCCUAUUUGCAAAGCGUGUAUGAUUCGACGGCAGAAACACUGCCUGAUGUGAAAGAUGGUACCUGUGAGCCGGACGAAGAUGCGUCGGUCGAACUUCUGAAAGAUGUUGCGACUUGUGACCAGGAUGAUUAUGCUGUAAGUUUGGCCAAGUUGCAGCAAGUCAGUGCCUUCAAGGACAGCAAGAAAAAAACCAAUCAAAGAAAGAGGUCCGUCACAAUUCUGGGGAAGGAUGGAGAAGUACGCUACUUGCCUCCAGGUUCCAUGAAGGAAUACUGGGAACAGCUCAACUGCCAGCGUGAGUCCCAGAAGCCCAUCAGUUUUGCCUUCUUUUGGAGGGUGUGGUAUCAGGAAUUCGCUUUCAUGAAAUUUCGAUCACAUUCCAAUCACGCAGUGUGCAGCACUUGUCUGCGUCACAAACUCCUGAUUAGAGAGUUGUCCAGCCAUUUAUUGGCGCGGAAGGAGCAGGUCAAACGAUAUCACGGUCACUUGCGUGACCAGUACUUGGACCGCAUGACGUAUUGGUCACUUCGCGGUGAAAGCCGCCUUCGCGGUGGCGCUUCAGUCACCGCAAUCAUCGACUCUAUGGACCAGAGCAAGACAUGUCUUCCUAGAGGGGCCUGCAUGAAAUCGAAGGAGCUCUCCAACAUGCAGCGUCCCAAGAUGCACCUCACCGCAGUCAUCAUCCACGGCUUCAGCAUCUUUCUUUUCCUUUCGGAACAUGACCAAGCAAAAAACAGCUCUUCGAUGAUUGAGAUGAUGAGCUAUUCUCUGACCAUGCUCUCCAAGCAUUGUCUUUUGAAACACCUAUCUGUCAACAUACAGUCUGACAACACAGUCAGGGAAAUGAAAAAUAAUCCAUUUGCGAAAUGGAUGGGGAGCCUGGUGUCCCAUGGUAUCAUUCGGGAGUGUUCGCUGCGUAAUUUGCGCAGCGGACACUCCCAUGAGGACGUGGACCAAUGCUUUGGUCUGGUUGCCACGUGGUUGGCCAAGCACGCCAGGCAGGCCGAGACGCCGGGUGACUUGCUGCAGGUUGUACAAGGGUUCCUGAACAAUGCUGACCGCCCGUACGAGCGGGAGCGGGUUGCCGUGCAGCUGGACCAAGUGCGAGAUUGGUGCCUGGCUUGCAAGAUGUCAAUCCUCAGUUUUAAUUUGUAA